AUGAGACUAGUUUUUGUAUUAACCCUGUUUGCACUCUGUGAAAAGAGUGCUCUAGCUUUUGGGAAUUCCCAACAAUCUGCUUUCAACGUCGAGAAAUGGACCCAUGAAGACAUCCUGGAAUAUCUAAAAGAUGAAGCUGACGAGCUGAAGGACCUCAGCUCACAAACGUACGAGUACCUAAAGGAUCACUUAGCACAUAAAUUAAGUUUUGGACACGAACAACGUACCGCUACUGAUGUGGCCAGUGAUACGUAUCAUGGGUACAAGGGCAGAGUCUGUGAAUGGUUGGUUGAUACUUGGACUACUAAUGCAAUCCACAAACUGUUAGAUUCUGCUGGCAUCGACUUCGACCCAAAUGUAUCCAGAGAUGAGUUAAUCAAAAUCUUUAGAGAUAACUUCGAUGUUGCAUGCAAAAAACUUAAUGCGUCUGGGUAUUAUCCAUCCACCAAGUUUUAUUCUGAAUGGACUCUGCAAGAACUCCAGGACUGGUUGGAGAGGUUCGGCAUUGAGUAUUCUAAUGACAUAAAAAAUAAAAGAGAUGACUUAGUUGCUUUAGUGAAGAAGAACGCUUAUCAGGCAUCUGAAUACGCUGAAGAGAAGAGAAUGGACCUCAUGAAGAAGCUUAACGAGAAUGCUGGUGAUGAGUUGUUCGAUAAAAAGACAGGCAAAUUGAACAAAGACGUUUUCGAACAUUGGUCCAACGUAGAUUUACAAAACUGGUUAGAAGAUCACGGCAUUAGCUACGAUAAGGCCAAAGUCAAAGGCAAAAAAAAUCACAAGUAUUUGAUCAAGAUUGCAGAGGACAAUAUCAAUUUGUUACAGGAUGAUGUUGACUGGUAUUUCCAAAAAUUACACCAGACUGCCUCUCCAAUCCUCUACAAGCCAGCUAAUUAUAUGUCACAACUGUAUGAUGUCGCAGCUGGAAACACGGGUAUGAGAAAGUUUACACCAACGUGGCUUCAAUAUUUCUAUGACAAGCUCAAAUACAACUGGCAUUGUCAUUUCUCUGAUGUUGAUAAACUCAACACGGACAGUUGGUCUAAAGAGAGAUUACAAGAGUUCCUCGAUGUAAGGGGCGUCAAGUACCAUACCCUCACGACAAAGCGAAGCCUAAGGAAACUAGUUCAAAAAAACAAAGAUAAACCAAUUAUCAAGAAUGAAGAAAACGUUGCAAAGCUAUUCAACAAACUGGGGUUAUCAAACGUACAUGAUUGGCUGACGGAAACUACUCUCAAGGAAAAAAGCGACAAGUUGAGCAAGGAUUCCCAAACUUGGAAAAACUCCAUCAUUGAAAAAUGGUACCAGACUCUGGACACCUGGACGGUGGAUGAACUCAGUGACUACCUGAAUUCAUUCGGAAUCGUGUCGAAUCCAACCGCAACAAAAAACGAACUCAUAGAGAUGAUUAAAUCUAACACGAAAUCAUUUUUCGGAUUCCCAGAGCCACAACCAUUCUACAAGAGAUGGUACAAUGGUCUAUUCUACCGUUAA